UGCAAAUGGAGUGUGCUGCCACAUGCAGGAAAAUGGUUGCUUGCAGCAGCGGCCAAGGGCUUCGCCUUCUUAGAAACACCCAGUUCACUACUCUUACAAGCAUACAGCAGAGUCCUUCUAGAGCUUCUGUAAGCGGAAUAUCUGAUCAUAGGAUUCACUUUGCUGCAACUUGUGGAUCGGGUCUGUUUUCAAAACUUACCACUAUAAAUCAUCCUCUGGCUGCCUUCUGUCUUCGUGAAUUGCUCGCCAGUAGAGCAGGUCAUCAACCCAGAGCAAGGGACGAAGGAUACCCAAAACUCCCUAGUGGCAGGUUGUGGCAGUCAAAUCAGAGACCCAGCAGGAUCGGCUCUUCAAUUUGGCGCCUACAUUCAAAAGUUAAGAACGAGCUUCAGAUGGAGACCUCACGUCAGGAUAUAGGAGAAGGUGAGAAAGAGGUGAAGACAGGAAGGACACCACCCUCUGCAUCAGAGGAUGUGAGCAGCGAAGCGUUGGGGCAUGCAGUGCCCCAGGUCAAAGAGAAGAGAAAGGGCAAGGCAGAAGGAGCUAACUCAACAGAAGAAGGAGCAUCCACGUCAAACUUGCAUAACAGGGGCGAUCUGUCCACCAUCACAGUGGGCGGUGUUACUCUGCAAGGCGUGUCCGUCGGGGGUCAGGAGACUUGUAUCAUCAUUCCGAGUAUGAAAGUGGCGUUUGACGUUGGGAGGUGUCCGCAGCGAGCGGUCUUUCAGGAUAACGUCCUCAUCAGCCAUGCUCACAUGGACCACAUAGGCGGGGUGUGCCUCCAAGCCGCAACGCGCGGCCUCUUCUCACUGAAGCCCCCGCGCAUCGUGGUUCCUAAGGUCAUCGUGCCUGGGGUGGAGAACCUGUUCAACGCUUUCAGGGCGCUCGACAAUGCGGAGCUAGAACACAAACUCAUUGGGCUCGAGAUUGGGGAAGAGCUGCGGCUGUCGGGCGAGUUGUUCGUCAAGCCGUUCCGGACGUACCACGUGGUGCCCAGCCAGGGUUACGUGGUGUACUCGCGGCGGCAGAAGCUGAAGAAAGAGUUCGUGGGGCUGCCUGGGCCAGAGAUCGGCCGGCUAAGGAAGUCGGGCGUCGAGAUUACUGACGUGGAGGAGGUGCCCGAGGUGGCUUUCACUGGUGACACGACAGCCGAGUUCCUCACCGACCCCGGCAAUGCGGACGUCCUGCGCGCCAAGCUGCUCAUCAUGGAGAUGACGUUCAUCGACGACUCUUCCACGGUCGAGCACGCGCGGAAGUGGGGCCACACCCACAUCGAUGAGGUCGUUCCGUUGGCGCAUCUCUUCCAAAACGAGGCCAUCCUCUUCAUCCACUUCUCUGCUCGCUACCGCCGGAAAGACAUUCUGGAAGCUAUCGAGCGCCUGCCACCAGGUUUUCGAGAAAAAGUCACUCCACUUCUCGAACGAUUCUAAAUUCGAGCGGGCGAAUCAAAGUUGGAGUUUUAUCAUACUAGCUCGCUUCAUACAUACUAUUCAAUCUCAGCCUUGAACGGCUCAGUGCGCGGUAGCACGCUUUGUACUUUGUGUCAUCACAAAGUCGAUGGACUUGACAUGAAGCUUUAAUGAGUAGAAAGACAGGCGGUUGCAGGCAAAUGUCAACGUAGUUAGAGCAAGAAGUGCAGCGGAUCUAUCUAGGCCGACUGUGACCUAGCAUUACCCCGAAAGACUGUGACUGGACCGUCUCAUG